UUUUUGCUAAGAACAAAACAAUAUUGGAAUUUUUAUAAUAUAUAUAUUUUUUGUUGCUACCAGCAAAAUGUCCGACGACAUAAAAAAGUAUUUCAACGGUCUGCUGCAGAAGGUCAGCGGCCUCUACGUCAUACAGAUAACGGACCGAGAUGGCGUGCCGCUGCUACGAGUUAGCCACAGUCAGGAGAAGAAUGUGGACUUUGCAUUAAUGCCAUCAUUCAUACCCACAUUUACCACAGCCUGCGAUCAGGCCAGCAAACUGGGCCUGGGACGCAAUAAAACAAUUAUAUCAAUGUAUUCCAACUAUCAGGUCGUCCAAAUGAACAAAUUGCCGCUGAUUUUAACAUUCGUUGGCGCUGAAGAUUGCAACACGGGCCAUAUAUUGGCACUUGAGCAUCAGGUGGAUGGCUAUCUGGAGGACAUAAAACUGGCCGUUACGGAGCCAUAGAAACGCUUUUGUACGAAUACGAAUGUAGUAUAUAUGUAUAUUUAAAAAAAUGAAACUUUUUACUUGGCUUAAAUGCAAAUGCUGAAUAAUAUUUGUCUACGACUGAUUCGCAAAAUGAGCGCCACCUAUGGGGAAUGAUCAGCAAAUCACGUUACAUUUUUCCAUCUUCCUCUCUCAAUCACUUUUAAAACUAGAAUACAUUCCGAAAAUUGCAAAAA